AUGGACCCCGACAAAACAUGGAACAUCAUUUGGAGUCUUCCUAUUCCUGCGAAAGUGAAACAUCACACAUGGAGAGUCUAUAAAAAUAUCCUUCCUACCCGUGCCCAGCUUCAAAAGAAAGGUGUGAGCUGCCCCAUCAGUUGCCCAAGAUGUGAUGUUGGUAUCGAGAAUUCUUGGCAUGCGCUGUUUGGAUGUUAUGAUGCGAGAAUUUGCUGGCUGGCUAGUAACCUAAAGGAUAAGAUGAGCUCCAACAUUGAUCAAGCUAAUGGUACUUCUGAUCUUGUGAACAAAAUCCUUAAUCUUUGGUCCAAUUCUGAUGCGGCUGACUUUUGCAUGAUGAUGUGGAGUAUCUGGACUAGCAGGAAUAAUCUCCUAUGGAAAGAUAUGCCUUGGAAUACAUCGGAAGUUGUCCAUCGUGCCCGUAACUCCAGACAAAAUUGGACUUUGGCUAACCAGCGGCCUCUUGAUGUUAGAGGUAUUCUUGGUCCCACCUCGACUACCCAAUGGUCUCCCCCACCCCAUGGUUCAUACAAGUGCAAUUUUGCUACAUUCCCUAACUCUGAUGAGAAUACAUUUGGAAUCGGUUUCUGCAUUAGAGACAGCUUGGGUUCCUUUGUGGGUGCACGUACCCUCAAGAUCCCUGGUCUUCCUCCUGCCAGUAUUAGAGAUGCUAUUGCUCUCAUGCAAGCCAUCAUUUUGGCUUCGGAAAAUCAAUAUUCGCCCAUCCUCUUCGAGUCCAGUUUUGAUGAAAUUUUCGAAGUAGGUAAGGGUUCCAGUUUGAAUUUGCGCCGGGCGCAGUUCUUCGCGUCGGGCAUGAUUUGA